AUGCCCUCAGAUACAAAUAUCAAAGCCCUGACCAUCUACAUUGGUGCAUUGAAUAUUCAGCAUCGAGGGAAGGGGACUUGGAUUGUCAACGGUCUCACCAUGCGUGCCGCCCGCUCGCUCGGGUUUCAUGUCGAUGGCGGGCGUCUGGGGAUGCCACCUUUCCGUGCUGAAAUUCGGCGUAGGAUAUGGUGGAGCCUCAAUGUCUUUGAGAGACGCGCCCAUGAAGACUACGGUUUGCCAGGCGCAAGUGAUAGCGUCCAGUCUCCUUCUGUUAACCUACCACUAAAUGUUAAUGACGAAGACCUGUACCCAGAUAUGGAUAGCCUGCCACAGCCACGUGAGGGGUGGACGAGCAUGACACCCACGCUCAUCAAUAUCGAAGCUUUCACCGCUAUCCGAGAGUGUACUGCCCACUCAUCGGCAGAAAGCUAUCAGGAAGAUGUCCGGCUACAGAUCAUGGCGCGUGGCAGAGACGUUGUCAACAAAUACAUCCACCACGCCAAACUCGUCGUGCCCCGUCAGCGCCACAUGAUACUCGUCUCACGGUUUGUGCUGCGAAAGCUGGACUUCGAUUCACGGUUGAAAUGGCAGAUUCGAAGAUCUGGGACAUUACCCGACCAAUUUAUAACGGAGGAGAAUAUGGCCGAGGCACUUGAAGUCAUGGAUCUCGUUCGUUCCCUACAUACCGAUGAAUUGCUAAAGAAGUACGCCGUUUUGUCCAGGGCCUAUACUCAGUAUAACAUCAAGCUCUAUAUACUAUAUCAUCUUUUCAUUAGGCCGCUUAGCCCAAAUGCUGAGCGCGCUUGGAAAAGCAUCGACGAUCAGGUGGCUCCUUGGAAUGGUUUUGAUGCGGAGAUCGUGGGCCCCAAAGCUGAAUUUCUUCAAACACUGGCCACUAGGGCUAAAGAAUUUAGGGUUAGAGCUUUAACAGAGCAGGCGACGAGUUUGGGAAACAAAGAGGCUAUGACUAUCAAUGGGCAUUGUGAACUUGCGAACGGUCAUCUAGGUGACGUGGGCGCAGACGACAGUUGGCUGGGGCACCUUAAUUUAUCAUCGAUCAUUCAGGGGGGGUUCCUCCAUGACGCUAUAUUACAACAGCUGGACUGA